AUGAGAGCACUACAGCAUUCGACACCAUGCCUCGGGGACUGGUGUGUUUAUGGCUGUUUGGAUCCUGCACUGUGCAGUGGCUUCAGUGUGAGUUCUGAUGAACGGCGGGAGUUGCUGUCUUUGGAGAGGGAAAAACUUGAGAAGUCUGCGCUGUCCUUUCUUCUAAAUCAUCAGCUGCUCUGGUCUCCGGAUGACAGUAUCAACCAAGACAUUAUGCUUCCAGAACAUUCCUGUGACUUUCGCGGAAACAAUUAUUUACCUCCUUCAUUCACUAUGCAACAAUCUCUUCAACUUCAAGACUUUACAAAGCAUUGUGAUGGCACGGCAGUGGGCACGGAGCUGGAAACUGCGGAGUGGCAUGCAGAUGGCCCUCCUGAUUCCCGUGUGCAUCUAUCUGCCGCAUCUCUUGAACCCGAGUUUGGGGCAAAAGACGAGCGAGUUUGGCACGCAGAGGGCUCGAGCUAUCCUGAUAGACCAACCAGGUCUUCCAACGAUGAAGAUUUUGUGUUAACACACAUUCUGGGUACUCCACAGACAGCCCUGAGUUUGUUGCUUCAAGUACAGCAGUUUCAACAGAGGGCGAUGUCUGUGGACGACAAUCCCACAGGUGAAAACUAUACCUUGUUGCCUUCAGAGCUGGUGAGCGUACCGCCCAUCAAACGUGGAGCUUCUGCUGAUGAAAUCAUUGCGGAUGCGGCCAAGAAGGGUCUCGAAGAACAGAAGCAGGACUCUUUCGAGUCCUGUGUGCACUUUGUUCGAGCAUGUGCCCUGCGACAGUUUCGUGGCACCUUGGCCAUGACCCCAGCAGCUUGCUAA